AUGACUGAUUACGCGAAAUGGAAGGUGACCGAUCUCAAGGCCGAGUUGAAGCGGCGCGGCAUCCCGCAGACCGGUCUCCGCGUUAAACAGCAAUUUAUUGAUCGGUUGGUGGAAGAAGAUGCGCAGGAGGGAAAAGAAGCGGUCGCCAAUGGAGAGCCGCCAACUGAACAGGAUGCUACGCCAGAUACAAAACAACCCGUCGAGUCGGAGCCGCCCGCGCCAGAACCAGUCGCGCCAGAGCCAGAAGCAGUGCCGAUCGCAGAUGCGCCGGAUAAACCGGAGCCUGAGGUGAAGGAGAAGGAAGUUGAGGAGCCGGUCCAGGAAGAAAUGCACGACCAGGAACAGAGCGACGCUGUUAAAGAGACGAAGCCGGAGCCGGUAGCCGAUGAAGUCUCCAAUGAAAAAGUUGCUGAGCAAGAGCAGCAAGACCAUCUGGAAGAAUCUGCGCAGGAAUCGCCAAAACAAGAGGAAACGAAUGAACCAACGGACACGACUAUGACUGAUCAACCAACCGAUACGACUGUGGUUGAACCCGCCGACACUUCCAUCGCGCAAUACCAGACUGAGACAACUGCAGCACCGGUAGAGCAGGCUCCUGGAGAGGCAGCAUUGGAGCAGUCUACAACAGCGGAGCAGAAAGACGCAGAACCGCGCGCAACUGACGAGACCGCACCGCCUGUUGCAGUGCCCUCGGAGAACACCACCGCAUUGUCGACACCCCUGCCCACGGAAGAAGUGCUGGAGGACAGGCGGAAGCGAAAGCGUCGCAGCCAGAGCCCGGUUCCAACCCUUGAAGCGCUCGCCAGUAAAAAGGCCAAGGCCCAAGAUGAAACCCCCCGGGUGCUGCUGCCUGAGGACCAAGACGCGAUGGACCAGGAACGCGAGGCCCGGCAGGACGGAGGAGAUGAUGCCGGCCCACCAGGAACCCCUGAAGAACGCGCGGGGCCCGACACCGCGCCUGAGCAUGACGCCCCGCCCGUCCAAGAUGAAACAUCCAAGAAAGGCGCCCCCCUGAAGCAUGAUGUUCGCUUCAAAGGCCUGUUUGCCGCCAAGGAGACCGAGCAGACCCGCCCGGUGUCUCCCCCACCGGAUGCGGUAAUGGAAGAUGCCGAUGUCGAGCCUGCCCUGCAUGUCGCUACCGCCGCUCUCUAUGUCGGAGGCUUGAUGCGCCCUCUCCAACCCGUCGCCCUCAGGAACCAUCUGGUCAGUCUGGCCUCACCUCCGGAUGCCUCGCCUAACCCGGACGUGAUCGUGGACUUCUACUUGGACCCCAUCAAAACGCAUUGUUUUGUGAGCUUUACAUCCGUCUCGGCGGCGUCGCGAGUCCGCACCUCCCUCCAUGCAACAGUAUGGCCCAACGAACGCAACCGCAAGACCCUGUUUGUGGACUUUGUUCCCGAGGACAAGCUACCGCAGUGGAUUGAGAAGGAAGAGGGAUCCCGGCAACGUGGUGGCCCGCCGCCGCGCUGGGAAGUACGAUAUGACCCGACGGAGGACGGAGUCGAGGCUGUUCUGGAGGAGAUUGAUCCGAGAAACGCUGCAUCACAACCGGCGCGCGGCCCUGAGCCCUCAGGAUUCUCCCGGCCACCACCAACGGGACCCCGGGCAGAGUUGGGCGCACCGGGUCGGCGUCCCAGCGACGAGGUUCCGGCAGAGUCGAGCUCGCGGCCCGGACAAGGCUUCAAGCCGUUGGAUGAGCUCUUCAUGUCUACCACCACCAAGCCUAAACUGUACUACCUUCCGGUUCCUCGGGAGGUGGCGGAUCGACGCCUAGACCGCUUCGACGAUUUGCUACGGAAGGGCGAGUUCCCCCGACGAGGAGGGGACGAGCCCCGUCGCAUGACCUUCGAGGACGAUGAUUUCUUUGUAGACAAUGGACCCGACUUUGGAGGAGGAAAUGGCCGCAACCGACGAGGCAGGGGUCGCGGUGGACGAGGCCGCGGAGGGUUCGGGGAUUCGUGGAGGGAUGACCGACGCACUCGGUAUUAA